UCCAGGUUCGGUUCAAGAAAGAUGACACAGAGCCUGUCGGGCCCGCGCACUCUUGGCAAAGUUUCAGUGCGAGGAGAGGCGCCGGGCCCUUCAUGGCUGCGCCGUAACGGGGACCCAGCCGCCUCCCCGCCCAGCCCAGCCCAGCCCGCCCGCCCGCCCAGGAUGGAGGCGCCCGCCAGCGCGCAGACCCCGCAUCCUCACGAGCCCAUCAGCUUCGGCAUAGACCAGAUCCUCAACAGCCCGGACCAGGACAGCGCUCCCGCCCCCAGGGGCCCCGACGGCGCCAGCUACCUGGGGGGACCUGGGAGCCGGCCGGGCGCCGCGUACCCGUCCCUGCCGGCCUCCUUCGCUGGCCUCGGCGCGCCCUUUGAGGACGCGGGAUCUUACAGCGUCAACCUCAGCCUGGCACCCGCCGGGGUGAUACGAGUUCCGGCGCACAGGCCGCUCCCGGGGGCCGUGCCACCGCCUCUGCCCAGUGCGCUGCCUGCCAUGCCUGCGGUGCCUGCUGUGCCAAGCCUGGGCGGACUCAACUUUCCCUGGAUGGAAAGCAGCCGUCGCUUUGUGAAAGAUCGUUUCACAGCAGCGGCCGCGCUCACUCCCUUCACCGUAACUCGGAGAAUUGGACACCCCUAUCAGAACCGGACGCCCCCGAAAAGGAAGAAGCCACGCACAUCUUUCUCACGGGUGCAGAUCUGCGAGCUAGAAAAACGUUUCCAUCGCCAGAAGUACCUGGCCUCUGCCGAGAGGGCGGCGCUCGCCAAGUCCCUCAAGAUGACCGACGCGCAGGUCAAGACCUGGUUCCAAAACAGGAGGACCAAGUGGCGGCGGCAGACGGCAGAGGAGAGAGAGGCCGAGAGGCAGCAGGCAAGCCGGCUGAUGCUGCAACUCCAGCAUGACGCCUUCCAAAAGAGCCUCAAUGACUCCAUCCAGCCGGACCCGCUCUGUCUGCACAACUCGUCGCUGUUUGCUCUGCAGAACCUGCAACCCUGGGAGGAGGAAGGCACCAAGGUUCCCGCCGUCACCUCGCUGGUCUGAGCCGCGGCCGGACCGCCACACCCCGAGAGCGCUUCUGGCCCGGGCCCGGGCCUCGGGACUAGGGACGGGCCCACAACCGCGGUCUCCCAGCGGGGCUGGGCCGGGCCGGGUCGGGCCAGGGUGGGGGGAGAGUGGGCAGGGGACGGGAUGAGGGGCACGGGCUGCCGCCUUCCCAAAGAGGCCGGCAAGCCGCAGGGCAGCUGGGACCGCGCCACCCGACCCGGCCCGCUCCGUCUGCGGCCGCGCUCGCCCCGCAGGGCCCGGGGCUAGCGAGGGCUCCGCGCAGCAGCACAAUCCGGGCCUUCCUUCCCUUCCCUCUGCAGGCUCCUCGCCCUUGCCCAUGCCCCGGGCCCGACAAAGCGCCUUAGGUUUCACCUGCCCCGCUCCCCCCCGGGCGGGGCGCCUGUAUAAUACUUUGUACUUUUGCCCAAACGUGUAAAUAAAAGUUUUCUUUAGGAAUCGG